CAGAGGAUGAAGGACGUCCUGCUGGGGCGAAAGGACAUGUAAAGUUAAAUAAUGUAAUCUUAAAGUUGCGUGACAUGGAGAGCCGUCUGAUCCGCUGAGCUGAGAAGAUGGGAGCAAGCGCAUCAGUGUCUCUCUGUACCGACUUAAGCUCUGUACGAAUCCGGAGAAGCACGGCUAAGAUCUGCCCUCAGUCCGCUGCUGCUCUGCACCAGCCGCAGUGUGAAGCCAGGCCUGUAUUUGGUGUUGCCGUGGAAACGCUAAGGGAAGAUGGACAGCUGGUCGAUGGAGUGCCUCUUGUGUUGAGACGCAUGGUGGAGUUCCUGGACAAAACAGGAGUGCGUCAUAAGGGUAUAUUCCGCCUGUCCGGCUCGGUGGUCCAGACCAGACAGCUGAGGCUGCAGUGGGACAGGGGGGAGGCGGUGGACCUGCAGCAGGACUCGGACGUGCCCACAGUGGCCUCGCUGCUCAAGCUGUUCUUCCGGGAGCUCCCCAUCCCCCUGGUCCCGGAGGCCCACCGCAGGCAGCUUCUGUCGGGCAUCGCAGAAUACAAGGAUGAGCAGGAGCUGAUCGGAUUCCUGAAGGACAUUCUGGGCUGUUUACCUGUGGACUACUUCAGCAUCCUGUCUUACCUCAUCCACUUCCUUUCCAGAGUGGCGUCUCACAGCCAAUCAAAUCAGAUGCCAAUGGAGAACUUGGCCACCAUCUUUGGUCCCUGUGUAUUCCGUGUUCCAACCGGACCCCACAUGCUUGAGGGGCAGAACGCGUGUAACGCACUAUUGCUCCGCCUUCUAAGACACCAGGACCAGCUGUUUGUCUGUCUCCCUCCUCCUCCACCCAGUCCUCCUUCUCCCUCUCCUCCUCCUCCUCCUCAUUAUCCUCCUACUUCCCGGGGAAUGGCCUUCACCACCCCUACCUCCUCACCGCCUCCGCCCCCGCUCUCUGUUUUGUCGGACUUUGAGGUGCCGACCUGUAGUGCACAGAGAGCCAUGCCGGAUGACGACCGAAGGGCCUCCUCCGUCUCUCUCAGCAGCGCCUCCCUUGGCACCUGGUCCCGCUCUCGGAUCGGCAGCUCUGACACCAUUAGGUCUUCAAGAUGGGCGGGGGGCUCUCAGCUCAGCACCAGCCCCCAGAGGGUGACCCUGGACCGGCCAGAGGGGCUGGAGGGGGGCUCUCAGCUCAGCACCAGCCCCCAGAGGGUGACCCUGGACCGGCCAGAGGGGCUGGAGGGGGGCUCUCAGCUCAGCACCAGCCCCCAGAGGGUGACCCUGGACCGGCCAGAGGAGCUGCAGGGGGACACUGCUGGUUCCGGGACCGCCCCCAGCCCCGCUGAUGUCGGCUCAGCCCAGCGGCCGCUCAAACUCAGCCCGGUGCGGACCACUCAGGGAACGGAGGUGGAGGAGGCUGACUCGACCAUAGGAUUGCCGGAGCCAAACGCCAAGACUUCAGCGGAGAUCUCCCAGAGGGGUGGCGAGGCAGAGGGGGAGGGGGGCAGGAACAGAGACCAAAGGGACCUUUCUCCCCGCCCUUGCAAAGACCUCCGCUCCAGGCCUUGCUCCCCCAAACAGUAUGCCAUCGAUCCAGAACUGAGCAAAAGACCAACCCAAGCAGAGAGGGUCAGCCUCUGUACAGAGAGUCCCAUAGCAGCCAGCCCCCUGGGACAUGCAGACCAGGUGAACAAUCAAGAAAAUAGCCCGCGCCUCAAGUUCCAAGCCCUGGAGUCUGACCAGGGGGGUCCGCCCCCAGCCCCGGGGAGCAAGCCCCUCCACCAACAGAUGGGGGUCGCAGCGGAGCCCAGCCUGGUGCCCCCCACGCGGCUCCUCUCCUCCUCACCCCCAUCGCUGCUCCUCCCCUCCUCACCCCCAUCGCUGCUCCUGUCCUCCUCACCCCCAUCGCUGCUCCUCCCCUCCUCACCCCCAUCGCGGCUCCUCCCCUCCUCACCCCCAUCGCUGCCGUCUCAAUCCGAGGUCAUUCCAUUGCAGCAGGUCUCCAGCAGCCCUCGGACUCUGGUGGGCAGGGCCCAACAACCCGACCAGCAGCAUGACAUCAUCGCGCCCGUCCUGGACCCCGCCCCCAGGCCCCCCUCCUCCACCAGCACCUCCUCCUCCUGCUCCUCUGCCGUGCUGCUGCAGCACAUGGGGGCCGGGGACAGGCCGGUCCUGUCGCCCCGCUGCCCCAGCCUCAGCUCCAGCCUGCGCUUCCUGUCGGACCCUGACUCCGCCCCCUCACCACCCAGCUCCCAGAACAGCCACAUGGCUCACCGCAGUGUGCGUACGCAGCCAGAGGAGGGAGCCAAAGAGCAGGUGUCCAUCUCUUCACUGAACAGACACAUUCACUCGCUGAGGAAACAGAUCCGGCUCUUCGAGGAGCAGUUUGAACAGGAGAAGAACUACAAGCCAGCGCACAAUGACAAGACAGCCCAUCCAGAGGUGGCUGGACUCAUGAAGCAACUCAUCAAGAGCCGCAGGCAACUCAAAGACCACAAGCUCAAGCAGCUUUCACACGGAGGAGGGAGGAGAGAGCCCAGGGUCGCCCAACUCCCCUCCUCCUCCACGUCCUCUUCCUCCCCUUCUGAGGGCCGCAGGACCGUCCGGCACCAGCAGGGGGCGCCCCUGGCCGGGACGGAGCUGCAGCAGCUGGACAACGGCAGCAACAGCCAGCUUGACGUGGAGGAGACGGUCCAGACACUGAGCACCAGACUGAGGGACAGACGGAGGGAGCUGGGGCUGCCAGACGACCUCAAGGAGAUGUCUCAGUCCCAGAGGUCUCUGGAGAAGACCACUCUCCAGAAGUGCCUGCUCCACUACGAGAGCCUCCAUGGCCGACCGAGCACCAGACAGGAGAGGAUGCUGAUGAGGCCGUUCUACGACCGCUACCGCCUCCUCAAACAGCUGCUGCUGGCGUCCUCCGCCGGCCCCGUCAUCACCACCAUACAGGAGGAGGAGGGCUCUGACGAGGAGGGCUCGAGGCCCCCCGGGUGUUUGUCCUCCACUGGUUCUCUGCUGCUGAAACGUUCCCAGGACGUCCCCGAGGCCACCUUGGUGUCUCCUCUGGAGGAGGUCAGAGUGCUCCCGCCCCUGGGCGUCACCAUGGCAACCCUGCACGAAGCCUCCAGGUCUGAGCUGCUGGAACAGAUGAGGAGCACGCGUCUGCAGAAGAAGAAGCUCCACCUCGCCCUCCGAGAGUUCGAACACCACUUCCACGCCCAGACUGGCAGGACUUGUCAGAAGGAGGACCGUGGACCAAUGGACGAGGAGUACUGCCAGUACAAGAACGUCAAAGUGAAGCUCCGCCUACUGGAAGCCUUGCUCAGUAAACAACAGGACUCAACCCAGACCAGUUGAGAGUCACUCACAGUGGGACUUUUAUUUUGAAAAGAGCUCUUUUAUUUUUUCAUAUAAGGAAAUAAAAAAAACAACAACUAAGAAAUAAAUUGAGAAUAUAUAUCGUCAUGGGUUUAUCUCAUGCCAUGCUCAUUAUAUAAGCACUUUAAAUGACAAUGACAAGGACAUAAGUGAUCGCAAAAGGACAACGCUAACUCAAUUAUUUUCACCAGCCUCCUGAACACAUCCCUUUUUAAAGAUACCGCCUCUUUCUCGGUGAAAGAUUUGCAGUGCCAUUCUUUUUUCUUUAAAAGCUUCAACCUAAAUAUCUUCAUAACAUCAAGUUCAUUUUAGUUACAAGCACUUCCUAUGCGGCUGUAUUGUAUGGCACUUAGUUUGUUACUUCCUCCCCCUCCCCUCUUCAUUCAUCUUGCCAAAACAGAGUUUGUAAAACAUGGUACAUAGUGUGAAAUGCUGCAUUUCAAAAGUGCUAUCUUGGCAAGGACUUUUUUUUCUGAAAUAAUACACAAUCUAUCAAGACAAUCCAGCAUGUUUGUGCAUGAGAUUUGUGUUUGUUUUACAUUGUGCUAUGAUAAGCAAUAGGGAUUUCAUAGUUGAUAUGAAGUGAAGCAAGUGACACGUCUACCUUGGAAAUGGAUGUUGCCAGUGUAGUGCAAAUAAUUUCAAUUGUCAAAUUGUUUAUUUCCCCCUAAAGUUAUCCUUGUUUGAUUCCUAUCUUCCAAGUGAAAUGCCAUUGUUGACAUUUAUAAGAGCGUAUUGAUAUUGUGCACUUCUGGUUUAUAUAUAUAUUUUUAAUAUAUAGAUAUAUCAAUAAAAAAUAAAUAUUUUUUUCACAUCUA